CAGCACUUCCUGCGCGCCAAGGAGCUGGAGACGGAGGUGCAGCGGCUGCAUAACGAGGUCAAGAAGCGGGACCGACAGAUGUCGGAGAUGCAGAAGGAGCUCGAUGCUGUACAGUGCAGCAAGGAUCACGCAGCGGCACAACAGCCUGCGGACCCCCUGCAGCAACAGCAGCAGCAGCAACAAGCCGCAGCAGCAGCAGCAGCAGCAGGCAGCAACAGCGGUGGCGGCGGUGGGGCAACUGAUCUGGCAGCACUAGCGGACAGCGCCGCCCUCAGGCGGUCGGCCAUUAGCGGUACCGGUACGACAGCGGAAUCCGGAUCCGGAUCUGGAUCUGGAUCUUCGGGUGUCGUACGGCCGGCGGUGUGGCUGAGCUGGACGCAGAGUAAGAUCAGUUUGGCGUUGAAUGUGGUGUUGGCGGUGUUGUUGGGGCUGCUGGUGGCGCAGCAGCGGAGGCGGAGGGUGUUCGUGAAGAGCAGUCGGGACCUGCAGUGAGGGGGUGUGAGGGGGGUCAAAGACCGUACCAAACCAUAGGAGACCACAAGUUAGGGCAAAACAAUGGGGCUAGG